GCACUCGUACUGAGGCUACCAUCAUGUGACGGUUGGGGUUUCGGGAGACCUACAACCAGAGGCUCAACAUUCGUGUAUUUCCCUCCUAUAUAGUGGUGGUGGCAGCUGGGAGAUGCCAGCAUCACUCUCAACACUGCUGCAUAUCGCCAUCAUUCUUGCUGCCACAGAAAAAUCUCUACCAGUAUCUUUCAGGACUCUCUCAUCCCAUCCCCUCUUCAUAAAAGGCACUGGGCAGUUCACUGCGAGCUUUGUUCUGGACAUUGUGCGUACGCCAAUCAUUUCAGCUGCUGCACCUAUGUGAUACUGGUGGCUAACCGAUUCAGUUCUAUCCGGUGUUAUUCGGGUCCUCCCCUCGUCCAUGUAAUCGACCGCCGGCAAGACCUUUUCCAAUACAAGGUUAAAACCGUCCCACACGAAUUCCACCUCCAGACACCAGCCGCAAUGCCAGUCACUGUCAAGCCCUCACCUGAGCUUGUGGGCCGCAAUGUCGACCCCACGGUCCAUUCGGCGGAGGACCUACUAAAGCACGCAUCAAAGGCCUGGGCACCUGAAUAUGAAUGUUUCGACAGGAUGACGCGGCAGAUGGAACAACCGGAUAAGCGCCGGAUCAUUCAGUCCUCCUUUUACGAACUCGACUCCCGCACCUCCCGGAUAAUCCCGUAUGGCAACGGCCUAGUCAAUGGUAUCAUCCGCGCUUUCCAGCAGGAUCUUCACUUGGUCUUACGGCCCGACGAUAUCUGGCUUUCCAUCCUCACGCAGUUCAGCAUGUUUGUCAACGGGAACGCUGAGCAUCUCCGUGCCCAAUUCGUCGCUCAUGAGGAUAAAAAGGACCUCGUAAUCGACAUACGCCCAAACUCGAUUCACAAUGUAGACAUGGGCAGGUUUGCACAGGCCAUGACGGUACUGAUUCAGGAAAAUGUAGUAGAUCCACAGCUCAGGGAGCUGAUAAUGCCGAACUUCAGCACGACAACCGACGAGGAUAAGUCGGUCGCUGCAAUAGUUAUGAUGGGAACUUUGCAAAGGUACUUUACCUACACCUUCACGACCGGAUGCGGGUUCCCCUCCGUAACCCUACUAGGCGAGAAGUCGGACUGGGAAGCGAUCCUCCAUAGGGUUCAGCGCCUGCCAAAGUAUGGCAACCAAAUAGCCGAGUGGACCCGCCUCCUAACCCCCAUCAUCCAGUACAUGAUCGCAUCCUUCGCUCAACCAACUUCGCCAGACGUCAGGAAUUUCUGGCUGCGAGCCUGCCAUGCCACGGGGCAGGAUGGAUCCGGUGGUAGUGUGUCCACCAUAUCGGGUUGGAUAACCGCCUUCUGUUUCUUCGAGGAGACCGGUCAGAGGGUAUCGGAAUACUCGGAUGAACAACUGGGCUACUAUGCAGCUAUGAUAAGCAUUGCCGAGCGAAAGAGACUAGUCCUGGGGGACGCUGUCUACCCAAUCAUACACCCCUCAAGUAUUCCCAAAGGCGUCGUGUCCGUUCCCGUUGUUGUCCAGGACUACGCGACCGGGCUGGAACACAAGACAACUAUGGUUGCGGGUUCUGUCGGGAUGACUCCUUCUGCUGCGAAUGGUGGAGGGGAUUUGACUACGGUGCAGCCCAGGUCUGGGUGGUGGAUAUUGGAGGAUUCAGUCGGGCAGCUUGCUGGGUUUUAUUGACCGGAAUGGAAACAAAAAAAGCUUUACCAGGGGGUUUGACUUGGGGAUUGGUAGAGCACAUGUUCGGGUAACCAGUACCAGUACAUAGUUGUAUUGUGUGGUGGUGGUGACUACAUCAAGUUCACGCGGGGGAUGUGAUAACAUCCUUUAAAUAAAUUUAUCUGCGGCCCUUUUUUCUCCCCCCAUAUGGGAAACAAUUUUGGGGGCAUCAGAAGCUCCCGCAGUUCCAUCUAUGCAAGCUGCCAGCAUUCCAUCGCCCCAAGCCCUCAGUUGUCCACAGCCGCACAUCCGUACCCAUACCAAGUAAUUGUUUUGUCCCGCUCAAAUCUCUCGCCUGGCGUGUCUUGACUAGCGCGACCCAGGCCCUCGAUAGCAUGAAACUAGUCUGGACUAGCGACAUAACCUCUGGCUGUUGGUCCAUCUAGUCGAAAAAAAUCUCCCAUAGAAACGCGCUCUAGUAGUCAAACUCGGGUGGGCGAAGUAUCAUACCUCCAUCGAAU